AUGCUGGUGGAGGAGGGUGGGGGUGACCUCAAACUGGACCUUGAAGGACCGUCCGUUCCUAUAGGUCCGUACUUGGUUGUGGGGGUGUUCUGUAGACAGGGCCCGGGGCUGGCCUGUGUGGCAGCCGAGUGGCUGCAUGAAGGCCCGGCCGAGGAAAAGGUAAACUUAAAGGUUCGUGCGAGUUUGGAGUCCAGUGUGCUUGUCUUUGCCUGCCUCAUACUCCUCACAACCCCGUCGCAACGUGGGGGCUAUCGAAUCAUCCAGCAUGUGUACGGCGCCCAGCACCCCCCCUUCGACCCACUGUUACACGGCACCUUGCUCAAGGGCGCGCCCAAGGCGCCCGCCACACCCGUGAAGGCCAAGAGCAUCAGCACCUUCCCGGAGUUUGAGAGCAACACCAGCGACGCCUGGGAUGCCGGCGAGGACGAUGACGGGCUCCUGGCCGUGGCAGCCGAGAGCCUGAACACCGACGUGGUCAUGGAGACGGCCCACCACGUCCUGCGCAACCACAGCCAGCGGCAGGAGCGCCGCAAGCCGCAGGAGGCGCCGGGCCCCGAGCAGGAGCCACAGCCUUCGGCAGAGCCUCCUUCGGUCCCGAGCGGUGACCUCCGGCUGGUGAAGUCCGUCAGCGAGAGCCACACAUCCUGUCCUGCAGCGCCGGUGACACUGCUCCUCUGCAGCGGUCCCAGUCUCUCCCGCACUCGGUGGCGGCCGCCGUGGGUGGCACGUCUGACCCCAGCGCCCUCAGCAGCUCAGCGUUAAGUGAACGAGAGGCCUCCCGGCUCGACAAGUUCAAGCAGCUCCUUGCCGGCCUGAACACAGACCUCGGUGAGUCCCCCGCCGGCGGAGGGCACGUGCACCUGCGCCCCCACGUGUGGUUUACUUUGUCAGAGGGCGAUGUGUUUGUGCCGUCCUGCACGAGUCACAGAGAUGAGCCAUUUGUCCUUGAGGUUUACUUCAGCUGUGUGUUGGUCAUGGGCUUCCGGGGCCAUUGAUCCAGUAUUUUCUGUUCUGUUCUAUUUUUUAAUGCUCCGAUUGAACUCCUUUGGCUUCUUGGGGCUGAACUGGUUUGCUCCACAGGACUGGCCAGCUUGGUGUCCUUGCUUUUCAGAGUCUUCGUGGGGACACAGAGCUGGUGACCGGGGUCCUGAGUGCUGCUGACUUUACACCUUCCUUGGUGUAAAGUGUGGGAUAGGCCGUGAACACCCCGGGAGCCCAGGCGGGGCUGGGGUGGGCGGGCCAGCAGGCCGUACAGUCAGCGAGGGGUCAGCCCUGCGGAGGGGCUGGGACUUGCUCUCACCUCGACGCGCCCACCUCUACAGGCUUUUCUGGAAGCUUAACUGGGCCAGACACUGCUCCUCUGUAGCCUGAGGGUUUCUGUGUGAAGCCUUUCCGGGCCUCGAUUUUAGGGUAAUGAGUCAGCUCUGCGGGAAGGAGGGGGUCGGUGGGAGUCUGACAGCGGCGGCCAGGAACCGGCAUGUUUUCUUCACUUUGUUUGGUUCCCGCCCCAUCUCCUGGAGUUGGUUUUUUCUCGGGGGUCACCAUGGCCGCGGGGCCGCUCUGCCACCAGGCUCUGAGGCGGGUGCUCGCCUCCAAGUCCAUUUGCUGGGCUUCCCCUCGAAGCUGCGUCCUUUCCUCGGUACGUCUCUUCUUUGCGGAGUGCCACGCUGCAUCGGGCAUCUUGCUGGCUGCGGGGGCUCUCCGGAAGGUGGGAUGUGGCCGUGGUCACGAGAUCACGCAUGGUGGAGGGUGGGUGCCAGGGUGGCAUGGAGGGCUGGCGCGCCUCGGCUGCCGUGCCCCACUCGCCAGCAGGUGGCGCGUGAGGCACGCGGCUGGGCUGCCCAGCAGGGAGGCGGGCGGAGGCGGAGCGAGCAUGGAGCUGAAGGAUAGGCCGCGUCCCUGAGGAUGCUGCUCCCCUUGUGGGUGCAGAAGGGUUCCUUCCCGUGAGUUUCUGCGUUUUCAUUUUCCUGAUUGAUUUGCUCACGCACACGUAAGACAGUCACGCGGCACCAGAGGAUGUGCGGUAAAAAUGGGUCGCUCUCCUCUUCCCCAGGCCUGCUUUCCCUCCUUCGCGUGAUUCCAGGUGUCUUCUUCCAGGGACAGGAAGGGAGGCCUCUCGUUCU